AUGGUCGGCCCUCCCGCUUCUGUCGAUCCGGUGCAUUCUGCUUUAGAGGUUACGAAAGAGAUCAUCAACGUCUCCCCUCAUCUCAUCAAUGGUCGCACGCGCUUCUUCAUUAGUAACGACGGAGAGAAGGAUCUUUCGAUAAAGUUCGAUGUGUCCCCUUAUACCAUUGAGGGCACUUGGAGUUUUUUCGUUCUCAAUCUUCCAUCAAGCUACUAUACGCCAAAAUAUGACGCCUGGAACAGCCAUGACGAUGACUCCAGACCCGUCGAUCGCUUGAUUCUUCCAGCUGAUGGUAAAAAGUAUGGCAUUGAUGUCGUCUUUUCGGUACCACGCCCAAAGGUCUACACGAUUUACAUCACGAUCUCGGAUCGCUUGAAUAAAGACAUCAAGUUCGAACGCCUUAAAGUGAAUAUCGACGUCCUGCCCUAUAAGUCCCACGAUUAU